CAUUGAAAACGACAUCUAACCCAUUGCUUCAAUGAAUUCUGUCCUUCGGAUUCAAGAUCCCCCACAGACGCUAAAACCAUCCCACAUCGUAGCUUUACUAAAUAAAAAAUAAAAAACCAGUCGGUUUAGUUUCAACUUUCAAGCGCUCCCAUUAUCUCCUACUUCAUUUUCUUAACUGUUCUUUCAGUUUAAUUUCCCUCCUGCAGACGGCAGAGCAUCAACGAAGAAAGCAUUCAGGAACUACUUACCCAUCUCAACAUCUAUUUGACCCGAGAGUUUGGUAAGCAUCAAUUUUAUGGCGAUUGUUUUGCAAAUGUCAGAAGAUUCAAAACAUCUUGUAGGAGGGGAAAAAUAAGAAGCCGGCAACUUUUCCAACCUCCUAAAUCCAUAACAUGAUGAAUCCCUCAAAUCUCAUCCAUCCCUCUAAGCCUUUUGUCUCUCCACUGUAUUCCAGUCCUCGCGUCAGGACCAAUUUUACCGAGAACAUUGCCAUCGAAGGUCGCAACCUCAGCUUCUCGGUUGGGACGAGGCAAGGUAAAACCAUACCCAUUCUUAAAGAUUGCUCUCUUCACAUUCCUUCGGGGCAGUUUUGGAUGCUUCUUGGACCCAAUGGAUGCGGGAAAUCUACCCUCUUGAAGAUUUUGGCUGGUCUGUUGAAUCCAACAGAUGGAACUGUGCAUGUGAAGAGGCCUAGGAGUUUUGUUUUUCAAAAUCCCGACCAUCAGGUAGUGAUGCCUACAGUAGAAGCAGAUGUGGCAUUUGGCCUUGGUAAGUUCAACCUAACCCCUGAUGUAGUCAAAUCUAGAGUAUCAAAAGCUUUGGAUGCUGUCAGCUUGUUGAACUACAUGCAGAGGUCAGUUCAGACUCUCAGUGGUGGCCAGAAGCAAAGAGUAGCCAUUGCUGGUGCUUUAGCUGAAGCAUGUAAAGUUCUGUUGUUGGAUGAGCUUACAACAUUUUUGGAUGAAAAUGAUCAGAUUGGGGUGAUCAGAGCAGUUAGGAAUUCUGUGGAUAGUUCUAGAGAAGUUACUGCAUUAUGGGUCACCCAUCGUCUCGAGGAACUUGAGUAUGCAGAUGGUGCUGUCUAUAUGGAAGAUGGGAGAGUUGUAAUGCAUGGCAAUGCAACAGACAUUAUGAAUUUCAUUACAAGCAGGCAAUCAGCUUAUAUAAAGGAAAUCAAUGAUUGAGAGAUCAUUUGGCUCUUUGCGUU